AUGGCUAACAUUACUAAAAACACUCUUGAUGCUCUGAACACCAUCUUUGUCCUGACCAGCAUGGAUCUGCCUCGUGAAGGAGCCUAUGCAAUAAUCAUUAUUGCUCUUCCUGCUUAUAUAUUCUCAGUGGUGUGUAAUUUGCUUCUAAUUGGAACAGUUGUAUCAAACAGGACCUUACAUGAGCCAAUGUAUAUACUACUAUGCAAUCUCUCAUUCAAUGACAUUGUUGGCAUAAGCGCUCUGGUUCCAAGGACUGUUUUUGACAUUAUGUUUGACUACGGCCUCAUCACUUUCCCAGCCUGCUUCCUUCAAGCCUGGUGCUUGCACACUUAUGGUGGAGCUACCGUACUUAUCCUAUCUGUCAUGGCAUUUGAUCGCUAUGUUGCCAUUUGUCACCCUUUAAGGUAUCACACAAUCAUGUCCAAAGCUACUCUAAUACAUCUGAUAAGUUCCACCUGGUUCUUAGCUUUCUUCGUCUGUGCCGUCCUGUUUGGUAUCACCUUAGUGUACCCUAUCUGUAGAAAAGAGAUUCCGUCCUAUUACUGUGACAAUCUGACUAUGCUGAAGUUGACCUGUGCUGCUGACAUUACAGUGAGUAACAUCUACGGCCUGUUCAUAACUGCAGCUUUUCAUGCUGUUGGUAUUUUUUCCAUUGUGUUCACCUAUGCUUGUAUUUUAAUAACAUGCUGUAAGAGCACUGACUCUGAGUCGAAGUCAAAGGCCUGGCAUACCUGUGGCACCCACCUGACUGUCUUUGUUAUUUUUGAGAUGUCCUGUGCUGCUCUUGUUCUGCUUCACAGAAUACCAAGCAUGCCAAACAUUCUUCAGAAAAUCCUGGGAUUGGGAUACGUGAUUAUCCCCAACUGUAUAAAUCCAGUUAUUUAUGGACUCAAAACAAAAGACAUUAGAGUUAAGGUGAAAAUUUUCAAGAACAGAAUCAUCGGCUUGAAUAACCUAAAAAUGUCUAAGCAUGAAUGUGUGAAGACUGUUUCUUCAGUUUGA